AUGGAUUACACACAUAUCGCAGAGCUCAGUCCAGAGCUGGCCGCGAUCGAAUCGAAGCAGUUCCGAGCGACCGUCACGUUAAUAUGGCCGUAUUCAUCAUCGACGCGACAAUUUGCCCUGCUACUCGCUGAGCCCGAACUGCGACUACGGCGCAAGAAUGGACAAGUCAGAGCGCGCUUCUCUGGCGCCAGCGCGAAGGCCAUUGCGACAGCAGGCGUGGGCAUUGGCGAUGAGGUGGUUCUGAGCCUGCGAGGUGCCGAAUUUGUUAAGGAAGGCGCCGUCAGCACACCAGGCAAGAGCAUUGAGUGGGAGCUAUCAUACACACAGACAGUAGUGAUCCAGGUCUAUCGAAAUGGCAGCGAAACAGCAAAUCUCGAACUCGUCGAUGCCGCGCCCACGCCUGCGAUCGGAUCGCCUCUCCGCCCAGCAGCCCCGAUACCUGCGCGCGAAUUCUCCUCCCCUGCUUUCUUCAAGCGGGCGCGCUUAUCCGACGGUCCCUCCUUCCCAGCACCCUACGAUCCCUUGGCCGACGAGACGGAAGACGGCCAUGACCGAAAGCGACAUCGGAAGUCAUACGGGGACUGGAAGGCGUGGACAUACAGCGCGAGGACACCAUCGCCGGAGAAAGAGGAUGUGAACAUGGAAGAAGAACUCGAGUCUGUUGAAGCGUCGCCUAGUCGUGCAGGGCAGCUUCCGCGCACCCCCGUUUCGCCUCAACGACCAGCCGGGUCCUUGCAUGUUCAGGAAGACGAAGAGACGGAGCCGAAUACUCCAACAGAGGAAGAUGCAGAGGUCGUUGGCGAGUCUUCUACGGGGCCACCAAAGGACGCCGAUUCCCACGAUCUCCACACUGGGCCCGACGAACACCCAUCAUCAGAUGCACAAUAUGCUUUUGGAGGCGAUACCGAGAUUGACACUGAAGUUAAUACCGAGGAAGAAGGCAACACGCGCGAUGAGCUUAAUGCUACCAGCACUAGCACCACCGAGGCGGAUGUCGAAGAACAAGAAGACAGACCACUUGAGCGCGUCCAAGAACCAGUGGUUGACAUAGAGGCAGUCACAGGAAAGGAUAAGAUGACUUUGACUCAUGAAACAAGCUCCUCAGAAGUCGUAAAAUCACAUGUGGAAACCGAACCUGUGCCCGCCGCUGGGGCUGACAACCACGCCAACAACGAGCUUACGAUUGCUAUGCCUCCUCCCGCCUUCCCAUCGGUCGCUGCAGGCUUGUUAACGCCCAUCGGUCGAGAGCCUGAAAGUCCAACACUUGCGCCACAAGACGCCUCCAAUCUUCCAUUGCCGUCACCGUUUCCAGGAGAGCAUGAUGCUGAUGCUGCGUCUUACUUUGGCGUUGCUACUACUAUCGAACAGUCGGUCGAAGCCGAUACUACGGGAGACAAGGAAGAAGAUCCACCAAGUGAAGCGAGCUACAUCGGCGAGACGUCCUUCUUCAGCUCAAUAGGCUCAUCGAGAGCUUCGGUGUUCCACCCGAACCACGAGUCGGCCUACACACCUGUACGAUUCACAUUCGGCAUGGACGGUGCUGGCUAUUCUCGCCCCAUGGAGCUAUCGUCGCCUCCGCCAGAAGCUCAACCAAUCGAGGAGAAAGCUGAGAACAUCGACGUUUCAACAUCGCCCGCCCCUCGCGAACACGAGGAUGGCGAUUUGGAAGCAGAAGAUAUAUCUCAGUCAUGCCUGAGCACUCCACAGAGCGAUGAUACAGAUGAGGCCGUUGAAGAUUUGACUACUGCAAAUCCAGAAAUGGUUGAAGACGAAACGGCCGAGCCAGAAGUCGUAGAACUCUCCUCGGAGGACGAAGAAGAAGCCUUGAGUGAGAUCGAGCCGGAUUUUAUGGCAGUCGAAUCUAUGAUGCAGCCCAACACUGCUCAGCAGCCUGAAGAAAACUCCAAUGUCUCGGAUGACAUGCAAUCUGUGACCGGAAGCCUAGAGGACACCCGUGGCCAAGCACUGGAUACAGGCACACAACAUGCCACAGCUACGUCAGCUAUCGUCGACUUAGGCUCCCCUUCAGACGAUAACAGCGAGAUUGACAGCAGGCAUGAAGAGCAGCAGCCUAGCUCUAGCCGAAGACAAUCUCCUUCUCAGGACCAGCCCUCUGCCAUGGAUCUUGGCAAUCAUAGUGAGUUUGUAAACCUGGAUUUUGCGACCGCGGACGCACCUGCUCUUGAUACAUCAGAGGAGCGAACAAUUACUCACACCAAAUCUCAGGAACCGGAGCCUGACGUUGUACCACACCCCACGGAGGAACCGUUUUUACCUGUCGGUGAUCUGCCAGAAUCGAGCUUUGAGGCUACUGACGAUUACUUGCAAGACGCAUUUCCGAUGGAACACGCAUCAUUCGGGCAGGAACAUGAGCAGAUAGCUGCCUUUGAAGAUGACCGUCAAUCGGAUGUCCACAUGGAAACAAUAGAAGAGGCCGCCGUAUUCCAGGCAGACGAAUUGAAUGACCAAUUAGCGCCUGUCGAUACCGCCCAGACAGCUAAUGAGCCUGUGAGCCAGCAUUCUGACAUCGGACCUGAGGAUGCCCACAAGAUCGAAAGCAUGGGUGUUGUGCUUGAGCCGCCUGCAAAAAAUACCAGGUCAAAAGCAAAGGCAUCAGCGCCCCUGGAGAAAGAAGAUGCUGCUGUCCCUGAAGCCAACAAACGAUCCAAAAGAUUUAGAGGCUCGCGUAGACAUGCUUCGCAAAGAAGUGUAGACUCUAUACCCGAUAUUGAAGUAUCCCAAACGCAGGAGUAUGACCGAAUUGUUUCCAGCUUCCAGCCGUCGCAGGAGCUGGGUGCCUCACAAGGCAGAUAUUCCGAUGCCGCUUUCAUCAAAGACUCUGAAGAAGAGAGCGCACGCUCUGAGUGUUCGAUAUCUACUGUGCAUCCCUCAGAUAUGGAGUAUAUGCAUCACAGCGACCCUGUCGACCGUGCCAAUGCUUUUGAUGAUGAGAAUGAUGAAGGCUUGAAACCGCCGCCAGCAACUGCGCCAGAGUUAGGGCCUUCAAAGCAGAAGGUCAGAGGGAAGAAGAACGCGCAGCAAAGCGUGGAGAUGAGGAGUAGUAGUCCUGCUCAACCCGAAUCUCCGUACGUUACACAGCCAUUGGUCAGCAGUCCAGGUACGCAACGACAUGUAGCGCGAUCAAAGGACACGAUAACUCCCAGCCCACGUAACGUACGAAGAACGAGGAGAAAAGUAUACGAUCUUCCAGGUGGAGGUAGCCAAGACGUCGGUGAUAUUGACGCGCUCAUGCGCAGCUCACCACCCGUUUCACCUGGGAUCGACCAACGGACGAGACAACAGAGCAAAAGGCCCAUCACCCCUGUUGCAAGCCAGCAGAUUGCCAUGGAGUCGCAGCCCAGCAUCAACGCCCAACAUGAACAAAACACCCUUUUGACGCCUCAGCUCACGCAAACAACAUCUGCAGGUCUGCGCUCCGUCCAAGCCGAGGCCGAGGUCGACAUGGAAGUCUUGACCGCAUCACCAGAGCCCAAAACAACACCGCGCCGCAAACAAAGAUCGGUCGACGCAGCAACUAUCCCCGCAUCUCCAGCAUUGAUUGACCCAUCGUCCGACGACGCCAACACUGAGACGCCUGAGCCACCCUCUGUCGGCCUUUCCACUCCGCUAGCUUACUAUACUCCUCUAAAGGACCUCGUCUACUUCCUCAACCGCUCCUCCGAUUUCCACUCGGCUACCAAACCCGACAUACUUGCCUUGGUCACCUCUCCUACUACGCCAAGUGAAAAGGCCAAGAAGGGUCCAAAACACUGGUUUACUAGUCUGCAGAUAACGGAUGCUAGCUCCUGGCCCGAGACGACAACAGUACAAAUCUUCCGCGCUUAUCAAAAUGCACUUCCAGAGGCGCAGGUUGGCGAUGUGGUCUUACUCCGCGCAUUCGCUGUGAAGUCGUUGAACCGGCAUCCUAUGUUGAUAAGCGCAGACGAGAGUGCGUGGUGUGUAUGGCACUGGGGCAAACCUGUCUGGGGAGCGAAGAGAGGUGCGUUUGGUGAAUUGAGGGCAAGAGAGGAGAUCAAAGGACCGGCUGUUGAGAAGGGUGCAGGGGAAUGGCGCGAAGUGGAGAAGUUGAGGGGUUGGUAUACCACGAAGAUAGGUACUGAGCUGGCAGAGAAAGAGGAGGCGAGGGUUCGAACGAGGAGUAAAGACAAGGGAAAAGAGCCCGCAGGUGAAGAUGCAUGA